AUGGCCGUGGUGGUGCAGUUUCUGGUUAGAAAGUUCGUUGAUAGCCUGGCGGAGGAGGGAGCCGCGGAGCUCCCUUUCAGCUCCCACUUCUACGACAUGAGGGCCGGGUUGGAGAAGGCAGCCAUUUCUUCCACCAACGCCGAUGAGCUCCGAGAGUGCAUGUACGAGCUCAAUAACCUGCUCUCGCAGUGCCGCAUGCUCAACAACCGGCCAAUCCCGCGGAGCUGCUGCUUCUCCCCCUCUGAAGCAUGGCUUUCCAACAAGGUCAAGCAGCGGGUGAUCGCCAUGAAGCGCAGAGUCCUGCAAUGUGUCCAUAACGAUGACCCCAACGGCGAUGCAGCAGCCUUGCCGGAGGAGAAUGCCACCACUGCUGGGUUCAGUCGGUGGAGUACUUCUUGGGUUGAGCAGAGCAGGAUCUACGGGUUCGACCAACAGCUCGCGGAGCUAGAGUCCAGGGCGUUCAGGGACAGAAGCCCCGGACGACUUACAGGCGUCGGCAUCGUCGGCAUGGGCGGCAUCGGGAAGACUGCACUCGCGCAGCUCGUGUUCAACAGCCCGCUGGCCAGGCGCCGCUUCUUCCCCAGGAUCUGGGUGUGCCUGUCGCGCACCUCUUGCAUUGGCAAGGAUGUGCGCAAGGAAGUCUUGCAGAGCAUACUUAUGGCCCUCGGACUCGAAGAGGAGUUAAUAUUGGCCAUUGAUAGCCUGGGAGACAUGGAGUUAGCUGUCCAUGAGCAGCUCAAGGGGAAGCGGUACCUCAUAGUAUUCGACGAUGUCUGGAACGUCGACGACUGGUACGCCGACAUUGCAGGCCAUGAAAAUGCCUUGUCGAGGGGCGAACAAUUGCAAAAUGGCCUUGUGCUCGCGUUGCCCAAAGAGAGAGGUGGAAUUGUGAUCGUUACCAGCCGUCAAGAGCAGGCAGCAGAGAUGAUGGUGGGGAAGGGUAGUGUGUACCGUGUGAAGCCCCUGGCCGACAGAGAGAGCGCCUGGGCGAUCUUUAUGGAUGCUCUGAACAAGGAAAGACAGCCGAUCGAUCUCGCAGCUAUUAACAACCUGAAAGAGGAAAUUCUUCAGACCUGUGGUGGGCUACCGUCAAUGGCCAAGGCGAUGGCAGACAUCUUCGCAAAAAGUCUAACGUUACCAGCAUCAACUUCUAGCCAGGAACUUAAGCUUGAGUAGUGGAAAUGUAAAGUAGAGUAAGCAAUAUGCCUAUCAUAGACCAAAAAGACACCACAUAGCAAUUGUAUAUGAAUUUUAUGGAUUUGCCACAUGAAAGUUAUGGCACAAAUUCUUAUGAAUGGCUGUGAGAAGAAGAUGGCAUGUAUCCAUUUCUCCCUGCAUAAUAAGUUUGAACCCCGCAUAGAAUUGAAUGUGCAGUGCUUCCGGUUUCCUCAUAAACAAAAAGUGGACGUGUCAAACCUUUAUGGCUUUCACAAAUAUAUUGUGACAAAAUUCAAGACAAACAUACAUUUUGUAGAAUGUUAAAAAGGCUAGUAAAUUUUCACUUGAAGGCCGUAACAAACUUCUGCAUGAUGCUUUGAAAUAGCAUGUGUGAGGGAGACUGACCAUAACUUGCACAACUUCGGUAGAGACUCUAAUCAAACUUGCUUUCCAUUAAUGUAUCACUCUCUCCUGACAAUGCGCUCACAUGAAAAAGCCUGAAAAGGAUAAUGACUCGGGAAAUCAGUGAAAAUGGAUGAAUUACUAUUUGUGUUCCUACAUCACAAGUUCAUAACCAUAGGCCACAGAUUUGUUUGAUGAAGCUCAAAUUUAUCAACAUUGUGUAGCUGAUAAGCUGUACAACAUAUGCAAUCAAAUAAUUAAGACAACAAAUGGAUAACCUGGCUUCGUGCAUCUCCAUUUUCCCCUCUUUUUUUCCUUUGUAUUUUUGUUUCAACAUUGAUGGCGGAAAUUGACUUAUUACAUAUGUAAAUAAUAAUGAGAACUCACUUGAUUUGGUGCUUUGUUCUACUCUCUGGUUUCCUGGGUGUCACAGUUCAUCCACACUCCAUCCUUGUCACAAGGGAAAGAUUCUAUGUUGCUGCAUCUGAAUACCUCCAGGAAGGUCAGGUUCGGAAACAUCUCAUUCACCUGGGUCCAUUCUAGUACCAAGUCAUUCAAGAACUUCAAACGCAUUAUCUCAAUGUUCCACUGCUCGGACAUGCUCUUCUCUCCAAAAGUGCGCAGCAUUCCUCCUGUGAAGUAGAGCCUCCGUAGUCUCAACAGCCUACUCGGACUCAACCAAACAGAUAAAAAAAGGAGGGCAAGGAAUGGAUUCUGGAAAUGGUGGGAACCCAUGGUUCUACAAUUCUUUGCAAGCACCGUCAUGGGAUGUGCAUGAUUAUGAUGAGCUAAACUCAACUGGCCCUUUGUUGCCACUACUACAACAGUACUUGGAUGCAGGGGCAUUGGGUGGAAGCACACAUACCGGAUGUGCAUGGAUGAAUGGUGAGGGAGAGCCUAGCAAGCUAUCACACCCAAGGAACCAGUUGCAGAUACAAGGCUCAUUUACAUGAUCGGGAUUAGUUGACCAGCUGAGAACAUGUGCAACCGCAUUUACGUCAAGUGCCAGGCCUCCGGAUGCACCUAAUGCCACUUGGGGCGCACUAUCUAUUUCGGAGUCGCACGCAUACCAGACUUCUCAAUCGAACUACAAUGUGCAGAAUAUCGUUCGCAAGGCAGGCACGUCGAGAACCAGAAGAAACAACAGUCUUGGUUCUAAUGUGAGCAACACAAGAGCAGACGACUCAAACUCGGAUGCGGAGACAGUUGGUGAACAUGAGGAUGAAGAUGAACAAAAUUAUGAUCAGGGAGAGGAUGAGACACAUGAAUAGGAGUACGAACAAGAUGAUGAUGGGGUAGAGGAUGAGCCGCAUGAGGAUGAGGUGCAAUCUUCACUAGCACCACCAACACCACCUUAUCUACACAUGAAAUUUGCUACAUUUGAAGAUGCAAAGGAGAACUACCGGAGUUAUGCAAAGUUCCAUGGGUUUGCAGUAUACACAGACCAUCGCAAAAAACUAGUAAAAACAGGAGAAUACAAUAGAGCUGAGUUAAGGUGUUUCAAGUCGAGAAAGAAGAAGAAAAAAGGGGGGAAUGGUCCAAUCAUCAGAGAUCGGCGAAGAGACAUCAUGGUCAAAAUGAAUUGCCCUGCCAGAAUGAAGCUGAACGUCGAAGGGGCCUGGUGGGUGGUAACAAAGUACGUGGGAUGUCACAACCAUGAAAUGAUUAAGAAAUUUGACCUGAUUAGGUUUCUGAGUGCUCACGUGGAUUCACGCCAGAGGAGCAGCAGUUUGUGAAGUUGCUCCAUGAUUGCAACCUCCAACCUGGGAGAAUGGUUCACAUUCUAUCAAUGAUACGUAGCAAAACGGGGAAGCUCAGCAGCAUGCCAUAUCUUCCUUCAGAUGUGGUUAACCUGGUGGCAAAGUAUCAUAGGGAAAGUCAACUGACGGACAUGGAGGACACAAUUGCAUACUUUAAGGAAAAAGAGAAAGAAGAUGUUGAUUUCUUCUACAAAAUGAAGCUGGACCGAGAGGACCGCAUGGUGAACUUGUAUUGGAUAGAUAGUGCAACGCGCAGGGCAUACAAGCACUUUCGUGACUGUGUGUCCUUUGAUGCUACCUAUCUGACCAAUAUGUACAAGAUGCCAUGUGCUCCAUUCAUUGGCAUAAACAACCACAGUCAAUCGUUGCAAUUCGGGUGCAGGUUUAUUAGGAACGAGGAUGUUGAUAGUUAUAUUUGGCUCUUCAAAACUUUCAAGGAAUGCAUGGGCGGGCUUGAACCAAUGAACAUCAUAAUAGACCAGGAUUUCGGUAUGCGUGCAGGUAUUGAGGAAGUGUUCCCUAACACAAUACACAGGCACUAUAGGUGGCAUGUUAUUAAGAAAGCAGAAGAAACAUUGGGUCCCUUUUUUGCUGAAAGACCAGAACUGCACAAAGCAUUUGAAUUGUGUGUUGACCACAGUUUGGCACCGGAAGAAUUCGAGCGAAGCUGGAAAGCAAUGAUAGAUAAAUACCAGGUUGAGGACAACAAAACAUUACAAAACCUUUCUGAGAAGAGGAAGUUCUGGGUGCCAGCUUAUUUCAUGUAGUGCUUCUACCCCUUUCUGCAAACUACCCAGCGUAGUGAAGGUUUCAACAUAGUGCUGAAGAGAGCUACAAGCGUUGGCAAACACAGCUCUAAAGAACCCAAGGAUGCUAACGUGUAACCCAUUGGAGAGACAAAUGAUGAGGGUUGAUACCCGACAACUAUUCUACAAGUUCCAGUGGGAGUUAAGGCUGUCAACCAGUUACACCGUGUUUCAAGUCUGCAAUUUCACGUACAAGGUGUGCACCAUGCGGGACAUGUCGAACUCAGAAGCCGAAGACCCAGACAAGGGAAGAGACUACAUUGUGACGGCUUACAUAGCAGAAGGGACGUAUUACUGUUAAUGCUGCAAGUUUGAAAGAGAUGGUGUGAUCUGCUGCCAUAUUCUAAGGGUAAUGGACAUGAAUGGCGUGAAACAGGUGCCACCAAAGUACGUACUUGAGUGUUGGUCUUGGAAUACAGAUGAAGCACUCUGCCCGCAUGGCUCACAGCAAGUACUCACGGAGCAUGAAGAUGGGCCCAACACAACUAUGGAGACAGUCAGGCGUGUGGUGAUGACAAGGAGAUUUACCAACAUAGCAAAUGAUGCUUGCAAAAAUGAUGUGAUGAGUAGAGCAGUUGAGAGGCAUACAAACAUGAUAGGAAGAGAACUGGACUCAAUCAAGAAGAGAAUGGAGGAGGAGGCACUACAUCGAUUCCCCAAAAAAACAAGACUGCUCCUACUACGUCAACAGGGCCAUCGACGGAAAACUCGGAAGUUAGUUCCGGCGCAUCCAACACGCACACGCACAUGGGGAACCCUCCAAGGAAAGUCACUAAAGGGCGUCCAAAACAGAUAAUAUACAAGUCAACACUCGAGAUCCAAGCAAAGCACAAGAAGCCUACAAAGAAGACAGCGGCAGAAGCUUGGGCUACUUAGAAAAGUGAGACAACUAGUAGGUUGUGUGUGUUAAAUUUUUUGGAAUGAUUGGGCGUAUUGUAGUCUGUAGUUGUGUCCGCAGAAAGUUGGUGGCAUUUACCGUUAUGAGUUAGAAACAGCAUUGUCAUAUGGCAAACAUAUGAAAGUUGCCAUGUUGCUACACAAAAUGUAGUUAGUCAACUAUGGGAAAAGAGCAGCAAAAAAGCUUGGGCUUCAUGAAAAGUGAG